UCCACCAUUCAGUCUUUACCGGUGAACCCACCCUUUGACCAUUUAUUUAUUUAUUUUUAUAAAAUUAAUGUUAGUCCUUCACACCUUCAAUUCCUCUUCGUAUUUUUUGUUCCUUAUAAAUAUCGAAAAACAUCACAAGUGAAUACAACAAUCUUAUACUGAAAACCCGAUAUGGCUUUGUUUUCGUUCGGGAAACGCGAAUUUCUACUGAUAUUGAUAUCUGUUGCGUCUACUUGUUUGGUGUCCGCUAAUUUCUAUGAUAACUUUGAUGUCACAUGGGGGGAUGGACGUGGGAAAAUACUCGACAACGGCAACCUCUUGACUCUCUCCCUUGACAGAUCAUCUGGUUCGGGAUUCGAAUCAAGAAACGAGUAUCUGUUUGGGAAAAUCGAUAUGCAGCUCAAGUUGGUGGCCGGAAAUUCGGCUGGUACUGUUACUGCAUAUUACAUGAGUUCAACGGGAUCAAAUUGGGACGAGAUUGAUUUCGAGUUCUUGGGUAAUUUGAGUGGGGAUCCGUACAUUCUCCAUACGAAUGUUUUUACCCAAGGCAAAGGAAACCGAGAGCAACAAUUUUACCUAUGGUUCGAUCCGACGCUCGAUUUCCACACCUAUUCCAUCCUCUGGAAUCCGCAACUCAUCUUAUUUUCGGUCGACGGAACACCUAUUCGAGAAUUCAAGAACGCAGAGUCAAAAGGAGUUCCGUUUCCGAAGAACCAACCAAUGAGGAUACACUCGAGCUUAUGGAACGCCGAUGAUUGGGCAACAAGAGGUGGGCUUGUGAAGACGGAUUGGAGUAAAGCUCCUUUCACCGCUUCCUAUAGAAAUUUUAACGCCGAGGCUUGUGUGGUGGCGCCAGGGAAACCGUCAUCUUGCGGUGGUGGUUCAGUCCCUUCCUCCGACAAACCUGCAUGGUUGUCGGAGGCAGCGGACAACCACCAACGAAAGAGGUUGAAAUGGGUGCAAAAGAAUUACAUGGUGUAUAACUACUGCUCAGAUUCUAAGAGGUUUCCUCAGGGAUACCCACCGGAAUGCAAGAGGGGUUAACCAUGUGGGUUCGGUUAUUUAAAGAUGGCAACCAGGGUGGAACCAUGAUGGCUCGGGUGGGUCGUGUCUCAAGUCUCAGUUGAAUUCUUUUAUAUGUAUGGGACAUUAUUUAAUUCAUGGUCAUUAUUC